UUGCGGCUGUUUUCAAACACAUUGACAUCAUUCAUAAAAUCUCUGAAGAAAGGCCAGAUCUUGACGUCAUCUACACAGAAGGGGGGAAAAAAGUGACGUAGAGGCCAAGAUGGCGGCUCCCCUUUCCACGAUGAAAUUUUGGAAGCCGGGGUCUGAGGCACCGGGGAUCUCAGAGGAGCGCGAGCUCAACACAGAGACCACCGGCUCCCCCGUCAUCUUCAACCCGCACACCGCCCUCUCCAUAGAGAAACAACGACAGAAACUCCCCGUUUUCAAGCACAGAAACAACAUCUUAUACUUGGUGGAGAGCUACCAGACUGUCAUCAUAGUUGGUGAGACGGGAUGUGGGAAGACGACACAGAUACCUCAGUACCUGCUGGAGGCUGGCUGGGCAGCGGAGGGGAAGGUGAUUGGUGUGACACAGCCUCGACGUGUGGCUGCCAUCUCUGUAGCUAACCGUGUAGCAGAGGAGCGGGGGGCCCCGCUGGGACAUGAGGUGGGCUACACCAUCCGGUUUGAUGACUGCUCUGACCCUCACUCCACAAGGAUCAAGUUCCUUACAGAUGGCAUGCUGGUGCGGGAGAUGAUGGCUGAUCCUCUUUUGAAAAAAUACAGUGUGUUGAUGCUAGAUGAAGCACAUGAGAGAACCCUGUAUACAGACAUAGCCAUUGGUCUACUAAAGAAGAUUCAGAAAAAGCGGCGAGACCUGAGGCUGAUUGUGGCCUCUGCCACUCUGGAUGCCAAGAAAUUCCAUGACUUCUUCAACCUAAACGAGUCCGGGGAUCCCAACAAGGACACGUGUGGCAUUCUGACAGUGGAGGGACGCACCUUUCCAGUGGACGUCUUCUACACUGUCAGUCCUGUCCCAGACUAUGUGAAGGCCACAGUGGAGACAGUGCUGAAGAUCCAUGAGACAGAGGAUGACGGAGAUGUCCUGGCUUUUCUUACUGGGCAGGAAGAGGUGGAGAAAGUGGUGUCCCUCCUGCAGGACCAGGCCAGAUCUCUGUCACGAUAUGGCAUGAAGAAACACCUGAGAAUUUUGCCCAUGUAUUCUGGUCUACCUUACGCUGAGCAGAUGAAGGUCUUUGAGAGGGUGCCCCCCUCUGUUCGCAAGGUUGUGGUUGCCACUAACAUAGCUGAGACCUCCAUCACUAUAAAUGGAGUUGUAUUUGUCAUUGACUGUGCGUUUGUGAAGCUGCGAGCCUAUAAUCCUUGCACUGCCAUUGAAUCGCUGGUGGUUACCCCCAUCUCCAAGGCUUCAGCCAGCCAGAGGGCUGGGAGAGCCGGACGAAACCGACCUGGGAAAUGCUUUAGACUAUACACAGAGGAGGACUUUGAGAAACUGCCUGCCUCCACUGUGCCAGAGAUGCAGCGCACCAAUUUGGCCCCUGUCAUCCUGCAGCUCAAAGCAUUAGGAAUUGACAAUGUGCUGCGGUUCAGCUUCCUUUCUCCUCCUCCAGCUCAGACCAUGGUUCAGGCUCUAGAGCUGCUCUACGCUCUGGGAGGUCUGGACCAUUACGGCCGGUUGACUGAUCCCAUGGGUGUGCGGAUGGCGGAGUUUCCUCUCAGCCCCAUGUUUGCCAAGAUGCUCCUAGAGUCAGGAAACUUUGGCUGCUCCAAAGAGAUCGUUACCAUAGCAGCAAUGAUGCAGAUUCAGAAUAUAUUUGUUGUGCCACCCAAUCAGAAGAAAGCUGCCGCCCGAGAGCACAGGAAAUUUGCAGUUGCUGAGGGAGACCACCUCACCAUGCUGAAUGUGUAUGAAGCAUUCAUUAAGCACCAGAAGAGCUCCCAGUGGUGUCAGGAACACUUCCUCAAUUAUAAGGGUCUGCUGCGGGCUGUGACUGUACGAGAGCAGCUCCGGCACCUCAUGAACAAGUUUAAGGUACCACGGACUUCCAGUGAAGGUGACCCAGAUGUGAUCUUGAAGUGCAUUGUAUUUGGGUUUUUCGCUAACGCAGCCCGCAUUCACCAUUCUGGUUCCUACCGGACUUUACGAGACGAUCGCGAGCUUCACAUCCACCCCAACUCUGUGCUGUUUGGAGAGAAACCUCCAAAAUGGGUUGUUUUCAAUGAAGUGGUGCAGACGUCAAAAUACUUCAUGCGUGAUGUGACUGCUGUUGAGUCGUCCUGGUUGGUUGAGUUGGCCCCUCACUUUUACAAGCAGGCCAAGCAUGGUUCACUGGCCAGCAAGAGGUCCCGGGUCCUCUAAAUCUUGCCAUCCUUUUACCACGUUAAGACAGGAAGACCCCUCUCAAAUCGCCACUGUGCCCCUCUCCAUUUCAUUGUGUAUAUAAAGAUGUAAAAUAUAUUUGUUGUCCAUGUCCACCUGCACAACCCCACCACACUAUGUGGCCAUGCUAGAAUGGGAUUAAGUGGAUACAUUUUUAUUGUUGACAUCAACAGAUGUGACUUGCUUCAUUUGAAAGCUCUGUCUUGCUUUUUGGCAGUGAUGUAGUUUAUAUUUUAAUCUGUGAGAGUAAAUGGUGAUGAAUGUGGGAGAUGAGAUCAGGCUGUGCCUGACUAGUGUCCAUUCAAGAAUGGUCAUGUAGUUCAUUCAUACUUGUACAUAGUCAGAACAGGCUCAGGCCCAGGGAACGGCUCCUGUGCCACAGGCCCGUCCAUACCUGGUUCUUGGCUUCAUUAUUUUUUUAAUUGCUGUAUUUUCCUGUUACAUGAUAAAUAAUGGAAGAAAAUUGAAUGUGAGGAUGUUUCCCUUUGAGAGACUUAUGGCUUAGUUUUUUUUAGCUAAUUUGCUUCCCCCACAGCCUGGGUGCCUUUAUGUUUUUAAUUGGUUCACUUUAUCUCCAAUUUAUUUUUGAUUUCUUAAACUUUCUGUACCUUCAUACAGAAUGUAGUGGUAUAUAUUUUUAGGAAUUUGCUGCAGAAGGAAAUGCAUGUCUUUAUCUUUUUCAGUCAACCUCCUACGUCUAAUAAUGAUACUGUGAAAAGACUGCAUUACUUUUUGAUCCUUGUUUUCCACUCUGUAUUGCCACUUAACUACAGUCUAACUCAGACAUAGUGGCCUUGUCACCACUCUGUGCCAGUUUUCUUUAUCAGCCUUUUUCACAUUUCAUUUUCAGAUGGAAUGUGUAAAUGCACCCAAGCAUUGUAAAUGAAAAGCUGUGAAAUCAAAACAAAAAAAGUGCCAUUUGUUCCUGUGAUGACAUACAGUGCAUUCAGACAUGCAUCCAAAGCCUCAAAGAAACAGUAGCAUUUAUCUGAUUUCAGCCAUCUCUUUGGCCUCAUGGUCUCAUAAUUGCCUUUCCUCUAACGGUUUGUCUCAGUUUUGAGCAAGGCCAUAUUGUACUUUUUUCCCCUGUUACCAUCAACAUCAUCGACCAGGUGUUCAGUUUCUGCUUUUGUUUUUUAUUGUACUUGAUGGUUUUGUUUUUCUUCAGAGGUAUUUGGCCCCGAAAGCAUCAGUGAGCAGUAUAUUAAAGAUUUGUCAUUUUAGUCUGCUGGGACUUGCUUUCAAACCAGUAAGGUCACUGUCACCAAAUUUUAUUUCUGCCUGCAUGAUUUUUCGUAGAACUUGUUCUUGAGGUGACUACUGUAGAUUCAGUGAAACUGUAAUCAAACCACAGAACAACACACCAUACUGUAGAUAGGUAAACCAACUCAAAUUCGAUGGAUAUACAAAUGAAGUACCUUUGCAUGUUAAACGGUACUCUGAAGUAGACUUAUACACUUAAGAUCACCUCGUAGACUUAUUGCAAAUAAAAACAUUUGCGAGACGAGUUGUUUAUCGUCAUUUGUGCUGAUACUCUUGAGUAUGUAUGCAGCCAAAGCCAUAAUCUGUAGACCUGUGUAAUUGCUCACCUCUGAGAUAAAAACUGUCACCUGCCAUUUCUUCCUCACAUCCUCAAAUAAAGCCUUAUUGUCAUGCA